AUGGAACGUGUGAUUCAACUACUGUUUUUGAUUGCGGCUCUUCCAACUACUUCAGCCAUUCUCGUUGUUCUCUACGAUUCUUCCAAAUGCGUUCAUCUCCAAUGCGAGUGGCGUGUAGAAGGAAAGUUAUGCAAGUCGGGCAAUCUCUUGUAUCGUCUUAAUCAAAAGGUAAUAAAGAAUAGAGGAAUCUUGUUUAUUUGCUUGUAAUUUCAGAAGAAUGUGCCGAAUUCUCAUCCACUUAAUUAUCCAUAUGUACCACGAGGCGACAACGAGUCAGCGACCAGCAUUCUUGCACGCGUUCGGGUACGUAAUAUUUUUUAUCAUAGGGAGGUGGUGAGAGAAAAUGUUUAAUUUCAGGCAACGUAUCCAGUGAACACGUUCACAGUGAUUGGCGAUGACGUUGCGAUUGGCGAGGAUUGUAAAGGAAGAAAUCUAUAUUGCAAUUCUUCCCAUUUUUAUGUCACCGAUAGCUACGAAUCAUUUCUCAAAAACAUCCAAAAACAAGCCGUUCCACCGAAGUUCCAAUGCUGA